UUGCGCGCCGGUCGAGUGUGUGGACGGGCGGAUCGGUGUUGGAUCGUUAUUUGGUGGUAUUUUGGUGUACCGAGCCGGGGACUUUUAUGCGAGUUGCGUGGCGGGACGGUGCCGCGGGGUGUCCUUACGCGAGGGUACACCCUUUUUAAGGGUUCGGUAGAAGUGAGCUGUUGGUCUGAUUGACAAAAUGACGACCGACAUCUCGGUGGUGCGCGGGGGUUGGGACCCCACGCUACAACAAGAGAUUGUCGACGAGUACGAAUACGACGGGGGAAACUCGAGUUCGCGACUUUUCGAACGCUCACGCAUCAAGGCACUAGCUGGUGAGCGUGAAUUAGUGCAAAAGAAGACCUUCCAAAAAUGGGUCAACUCCCACUUAGUCCGAUGUUCGUGCCGAAUCGGCGAUCUGUACGUCGAUCUGCGAGACGGCAAGAUGCUGAUAAGGCUGUUAGAGAUCUUGUCGGGAGAGCGUCUACCGCGCCCAACUAAGGGCAAGAUGCGCAUCCAUUGCCUGGAAAACGUGGAGAAGGCGUUACAAUUUCUGCGCGAGCAGAGGGUACACCUGGAGAACAUGGGUUCUCACGACAUUGUCGAUGGAAAUCCGCGUCUCAGUCUGGGUCUCAUCUGGACAAUAAUCCUGCGAUUCCAGAUUCAGGACAUCACGAUUGAGGAGACAGACAACCAGGAGACCAAGUCCGCCAAGGACGCGUUAUUAUUAUGGUGUCAGAUGAAGACCGCGGGUUAUCACAACGUGAACGUAAGAAAUUUCACGACAUCGUGGCGAGACGGUCUGGCGUUCAAUGCGAUCAUACACAAGCACCGUCCAGAUUUGAUUCAGUUCGACAAACUUUCCAAGUCGAAUGCGAUCUACAAUCUCAACAAUGCCUUCAACGUCGCGGAGGACAAGCUCGGCCUCACGAAACUGCUGGACGCCGAGGAUAUCUUUGUCGAUCAUCCGGACGAAAAAUCCAUCAUAACGUACGUCGUCACGUAUUAUCAUUAUUUCUCGAAGAUGAAACAGGAGACCGUGCAAGGUAAGAGAAUUGGCAAAGUGGUCGGUAUCGCGAUGGAGAACGAUCGUAUGAUACACGAGUACGAGAGUCUCACCAGUGAUUUGCUGCGCUGGAUCGAAGCCACGAUAGAGGCGCUUGGCGAUCGUAGGUUCGCGAAUUCCCUGGUAGGAGUCCAAUCACAACUUUCGCAAUUCUCGAAUUAUCGCACGGUAGAAAAACCGCCCAAGUUUGUCGAAAAAGGUAAUCUCGAGGUAUUGUUAUUCACUCUGCAAUCGAAAAUGCGCGCAAAUAAUCAGAAACCCUAUACGCCCAAAGAGGGCAAGAUGAUAUCCGACAUUAACAAGGCAUGGGAGAGGUUAGAGAAGGCUGAACAUGAGCGGGAAUUGGCCCUGCGCGAAGAAUUGAUUCGACAAGAGAAGCUGGAGCAAUUGGCAGCAAGAUUUAACCGAAAAGCUAGCAUGCGCGAGACAUGGUUGUCGGAAAAUCAGCGAUUGGUAUCGCAGGAUAAUUUCGGCUUUGAUCUCGCUGCUGUGGAAGCCGCCGCAAAGAAGCACGAAGCUAUAGAGACUGAUAUCUUUGCCUAUGAAGAACGUGUACAAGCCGUCAUGGCAGUCUCGCAAGAGCUCGAAGCGGAGAAUUAUCAUGACAUUGAGCGUAUCAACGCUCGUAAGGAUAAUGUGUUGCGGUUAUGGAAUUAUCUUCUAGAAUUAUUGCGCGCCAGGCGAAUGCGGUUGGAACUCUCCUUGCAGCUACAGCAGAACUUCCAAGAAAUGUUGUACAUAUUGGACAGCAUGGAGGAGAUUAAGAUGCGACUGUUGACAGACGAUUACGGUAAACAUUUAAUGGGCGUGGAAGAUCUGUUGCAAAAGCACUCUCUCGUCGAAGCAGAUAUCAAUGUGCUUGGCGAAAGAGUCAAGGCCGUUGUUCAACAGAGUCAGAGAUUCCUAGAGCAUGGAGAAGGCUAUCGACCGUGCGAUCCGGCCAUUAUUGUCGAGCGCGUGCAACAACUGGAGAACGCGUACGCCGAGUUGGUGCGGUUAGCGAUCGAACGUCGUACCAGGCUCGAGGAAUCUCGGAAACUCUGGCAGUUUUAUUGGGAUAUGGCCGACGAGGAGAAUUGGAUAAAGGAGAAGGAACAGAUUGUAUCCACGGGCGAUAUCGGUCAUGAUUUGACCACUAUCAAUUUGUUGCUGUCCAAGCACAAGGCAUUGGAGAACGAGAUACAAUCGCACGAACCGCAGUUAAUGUCGGUCGCAGCGGUUGGCGACGAAUUGGUUCGACAACAACAUUUUGGCUCUGAUCGUAUUCAGGAAAGACUUCAAGAGAUUCUCGGAAUGUGGAAUCAUCUGUUGGAUCUUGCGGCUUUCAGAAGGCAGCGGCUCAUAGAGGCUGUUGACUAUCAUCAGCUUUUCGCGGACGCAGACGACAUAGAUAUCUGGAUGUUGGACACUUUGAGACUCGUUUCGUCAGAGGAUGUCGGUAGAGACGAGGCAAAUGUGCAAUCGUUGUUGAAGAAGCACAAGGACGUAACGGACGAGCUUAAGAAUUAUGCCGCGACUAUCGAUCAACUUCAUCAGCAAGCGUCCACGUUGGGCGAACAGGACGCUAAAUCGCCAGAAGUCCUCGAGAGAUUGAAUUCGAUAGAUAACAGAUACAAGGAGCUUCUCGAGUUGGCGAAGUUGCGUAAACAGAGACUAUUGGACGCGCUCUCGCUAUACAAAGUAUUCAGCGAGACCGACGGAGUCGAACAGUGGAUCGGUGAGAAGAAUAGAAUGCUGGAUACGAUGGUGCCCGUUAAGGAUAUCGAAGAUGUUGAGAUCAUGAAACACCGUUAUAACGGCUUUGAAAAAGAGAUGAAUGCGAAUGCAUCUCGCGUCGCUGUGGUUAAUCAACUGGCGAGACAAUUGCUGCAUGUCGAACAUCCGAACUCUGAACAGAUAAUCGCGCGACAAAACGAGUUGAAUCAGAAAUGGGCCGAGUUGCGCGAGAAGGCUGAGAAUAAGCGCGAGGAACUGAACUCCGCACAUGGCGUACAGACAUUCCACAUCGAAUGUCGCGAGACUGUGUCCUGGAUCGAGGAUAAAAAGCGAAUCCUGCAGCAGACUGACAGUUUGGAAAUGGAUUUGACUGGUGUGAUGACAUUGCAGCGCAGACUCAGCGGUAUGGAGCGCGAUUUGGCGGCUAUUCAAGCUAAAUUAGACGCUCUGGAGAAAGAGGCGGAAGUCAUACAGAAAGAACAUCCAGAGGAAGCUGCAGUAAUACGCGAGAGAAUUGCGCAGAUUCACCUGAUUUGGGAGCAAUUGACGCAGAUGCUGAAAGAGCGUGAUGCCAAGCUUGAAGAAGCCGGAGAUCUGCAUCGGUUCUUGCGCGAUCUUGAUCACUUCCAAGCGUGGCUCACGAAAACGCAAACUGAUGUUGCCAGCGAAGACACGCCGACCAGUCUUGCCGAUGCUGAAAAGUUGCUUACUCAGCAUCAAAACAUCAAGGAGGAAAUCGACAAUUACAGGGACGAUUAUCAGAAGAUGAUGGAGUAUGGCGAGCGACUGACGACGGAGGCCGGCGACGGCGACACGCAGUAUAUGUUCUUGCGUGAGCGAUUAAACGCGUUGAAGAUGGGUUGGGAGGAAUUGCAUCAGAUGUGGGUGAAUCGUCAGAAUUUACUAUCCAACUCCCUGAAUCUACAGGUGUUCGAUCGAGACGCACGUCAAGCGGAGGUGCUUUUAUCGCAGCAGGAACAUAUUCUUGCCAAGGACGAGACGCCGGCGAACUUCGAACAGGCAGAGCACAUGAUCAAGCGACACGAAGCCUUCAUGACCACUAUGGACGCCAACGACGAGAAAAUCAAUUCGGUGGUACAGUUCGCCGGACGUUUGGUCGAUGAAGAACACUUUGCAGCUGAUAAGGUGAAGAAGAAGGCUGAGAACAUUAGUGAGCGUCGACGAGUUAAUCGCGAGAAAGCCAUUUUACUGAUGGAGAAACUUAAGGAUCAACUUCAGCUGCAGAUGUUCUUACAAGAUUGCGAGGAACUCGGUGAAUGGGUGCAAGAGAAACAUAUCACUGCUCAAGAUGAGACAUACAGAAGCGCGAAAACUAUUCACAGCAAAUGGACUCGUCAUCAAGCAUUCGAAGCGGAAAUUGCUAGCAACAAAGACCGCCUGCAGCAAUUGCAGCAAGCCGCAGAGGAAUUGAUUCAGCAAAAACCAGAUCUGGCGGAAAUUAUUAAACCGAAAGUAACUGAAUUGGCGGAACAAUUUGUCGAGCUAGAGACCACGACUCACGAUAAGGGCGAACGAUUGUUUGAUUCGAACCGCGAGGUAUUGAUUCACCAAACCUGUGACGAUAUUGAUUCUUGGAUGAAUGAACUGGAGAAGCAAAUAGAGAGCACCGACACCGGUUCCGAUCUGGCAUCCGUAAAUAUAUUAAUGCAGAAACAACAGAUGAUCGAGACUCAAAUGGCAGUGAAAGCGAAACAGGUUACUGAGCUGGAUAAACAGGCAGAACACUUGCAACGUACAGUACCCGAUGACAAGAUGGAGGAGAUUAAGUGCAAGAAAGAGAAGGUUGCCCAGAGAUUUGCUCAGCUCAAGGCACCACUCAUCGAUCGUCAACGGCACCUCGAGAAGAAGAAAGAGGCCUUCCAAUUCCGACGCGACGUCGAGGAUGAGAAGUUAUGGAUUGCAGAAAAGAUGCCGCAGGCAACUAGCUCCGAGUACGGAAACUCGCUGUUUAAUGUUCAUAUGCUAAAGAAGAAGAAUCAGUCAUUGCGCACGGAAAUUGAAAAUCACGAGCCCAGAAUCAAUUUGGUAUGUAAUAACGGUCAGAAAUUGAUUGAUGAGGGUCAUGAAGAUAGUCCCGAAUUCCAAAAACUGAUAUCCGAGUUAACGGAGAAGUGGCGCGAAUUGAAGGACGCAGUUGAUGACAGAAACAAGCAUCUGCUGCAGAAUGAAAAAGCACAACAGUACUUCUUUGAUGCUACUGAGGCCGAGUCAUGGAUGAGCGAGCAAGAGUUGUAUAUGAUGGUCGAGGAUCGCGGAAAAGAUGAAAUUUCUGCACAGAACCUAAUGAAGAAGCACGAGUCGCUUGAACAUGCGGUCGAAGAUUACGCAGAGACGAUUCGUCAGCUAGGCGAGACCGCUAGGCAGCUAAUAAAUGAUCAACAUCCAUUGGCCGAUCAAAUUGCCGUAAAACAGUCGCAGGUGGAUAAAUUGUAUGCUGGCCUGAAAGAUCUGGCGGGCGAGCGACGCGCCAAACUCGACGAGGCACUUCAAUUGUUUAUGCUGAAUCGAGAAGUCGAUGAUCUCGAACAAUGGAUCCAGGAGAGAGAACUGGUCGCCGGUAGUCACGAGUUGGGUCAGGAUUACGAUCAUGUGACGUUGCUGUGGGAGAGAUUCAAGGAGUUCGCGCGCGACACCGAGGCGAUCGGUUCCGAGCGAGUGGAGGCCGUGAAUGGCAUCGCCGAUUCUCUUAUCGCUACCGGGCAUUCUGACGCGGCGACAAUUGCCGAAUGGAAAGAUGGCUUGAAUGAGGUCUGGCAGGAUCUGCUGGAACUGAUCGAGACGCGCACGCAAAUGUUGGCGGCCAGUCGCGAAUUGCACAAAUUCUUCCACGACUGCAAGGAUGUUCUUGGCAGAAUUCUGGAGAAACAAAACGCCAUGUCCGACGAAUUGGGUCGCGACGCCGGCUCGGUGUCAGCCCUUCAACGUAAACACGCCAAUUUCAUUCAGGAUCUGUCUACGUUGCAGAAUCAAGUGACGCAGAUCGAGGAAGAAUCCGCCAAACUGCAAGCAAGCUAUGCAGGCGACAAGGCGCGAGAGAUUACGAAUCGUGAGGCCGAGGUCGUAGCGGCGUGGAACAACUUGCAAUCGUUAUGCGAGGGCAGACGAACCAAAUUAGAGGAUACAGGUGAUCUCUUCAGAUUCUUUAAUAUGGUCAGAACCUUGAUGAUCUGGAUGGACGAUGUUGUGCGUCAAAUGAAUACUUCCGAAAAACCGCGCGAUGUCGCCGGAGUCGAAUUACUGAUGAACAAUCAUCAGAGUUUGAAGGCGGAGAUUGACGCCCGGGAGGAUAAUCUCAUGGCGUGCAUUACUCUCGGGAAAGACCUGUUGGCUAGGAAUCAUUAUGCCAGUGCGCAGAUAAAAGAGAAACUGGCGGCAUUAACCGAUCACAGGAACGCACUGUUACACCGAUGGGAGGAACGUUGGGAGAACUUGCAACUUAUUUUGGAAGUUUACCAAUUUGCCCGAGAUGCGGCAGUUGCUGAAGCAUGGUUAAUAGCUCAAGAGCCGUAUCUUAUGAGCCAGGAGCUUGGUCAUACUAUCGACGAAGUUGAGAAUUUAAUCAAGAAACACGAGGCUUUCGAAAAAUCGGCAGCUGCACAAGAGGAAAGGUUUAGUGCCUUGCACCGACUUACUACUUUCGAAUUGAAAGAACUAAAACGACGAGAGCAAGAAAGAGAGGAAGAAGAAAGACGCAAGAAGGAGGAAGCAGCGGCGGCGGAGGCUGCACGUUUAGCCAAGGCGACGCCUGUUACUAGUCCAGAUGAACCACCUAGCGAAAGAGCCGAAACCGACGGGGCAAUGAGUGGAGAACGCGGAGAAGAUGAUGGACACGCGGCACAUCGCAAGGCUUCUACACGUACACCACAGCCUCAAGACAAGCCCAAGGAAGUGCAUGCACAAAGACCUAGACAGCUGUCUUUCCGGGAAGGAGAUGGAACUCAGCCUGUCACGCCAACAUCUGUGAAAACUCCGCCGCAUGGUACCCGCACGCCGACAACUCCGAAAGGCUCCGAGGCUUCCAGGCGUAAGGAACGAAGUCGCAGCAAGUCGCCAUUCAGAAGCUUCCGCUGGAGAAAAUCUGCCAAGUCGCCGAGUUUAGAUCGCAGUGGCGUGAGUGAUGAUGAGCACAGUAUUCCUGAACCACGAAGUCCGGGCGACGACGAGUUCGAGGGACCGUUGCAACGGAAACACGAAUGGGAAAGUACGACGAAAAAGGCGUCUAAUCGCUCUUGGGACAAAGUGUACAUGGUCGUGCGCGGGCAGAGCUUAUGUGUAUAUAAGGAUCAGAAGUCGUACAAAGCCUCGCCCGAUCAAUCAUACAAAGGAGAGGCUCCUCUUGACUUACGAGGCGCGACUAUUACUGUAGCGAGUGAUUAUACUAAGAAGAAACAUGUCUUCCGAGUCAAGUCGCAAAGCGGAUCCGACUUCCUGUUCCAGGCCAAAGACGAUACCGAGAUGAAUGACUGGGUGUCCGCAUUAAAUCAAGCGGCACAAGGAACAUCAGGUGCAGGCACAUCUAGGGCUCACACCUUGCCAGCCCCGACACAAGCCGAAACUAAGCGGCGUAGUUUCUUCACUCUCAAGAAAAACUAAACUGGAGCAGUGAAGUACGGUGUAAAGCCGCUCGUAAUGCGUCUACACAACAUCGUGUUUAUGAGAAAAAUGUUUCGUCGCUCUACAUGGUUAAAGCAACGCUAAUAUAAAAUUAGAGAAGACGUGGCCACAUGGUGUUAUGAAAUGAAUUGAAGGACGGAGAUUGAACGAGUCUUUGAAAACGCCUACUUUCGAAGAACAGAGAUAUUUAAUGGUUAUACGUUGAUAUUUACAAAAUGUAGGCUAUUGAAAGUCUAACUAAAUUCGGUUCUUCAAUGAAUUUUGGACACUUUGCAAUAUUGCUAGUUGAAGAACAAGUGACAUUUUCGAUGUCCCACGUUAGCGUGAUCAGACUUUUGACACGGAAUUUAAGUUUUAUUAUAUUUUACGUGUAUACAUAUAUACACAUAUAUAUGUAUAUAUGUAUAUAUGUAUAUAUAUUGUCACGCAUCUUAAUGGACGAUUAUUUCCUUAUCGGAAACGAUGAUAAGAAUAAUGUCUUCUUUGUGGUACAAAGUAUUUUAUAAGUUGCUGCAAUGUUUUUACAUUCGGCAAUUUUUUUAAAGAACGUUAUUCGAUAGAAGACGAUAGCGCAAUCUUGUUGAGUCUGUAAAGAACGUGGAUUGGAGGAGAUAUAUCUUAGUCAUGAUUUACGAUGAUUUUUAUAAUUACUCUACUUUAUGAUGAAUUCAGAUUUUUAAUGCAUUUUAUUGCAUUUUACACGAGUUCUCGUGCUACAGAGCAGAUAUAAUCUCCGACAAUGCGGAAAGAAGGGCGAGAACGAUUCCAGUCGUAUUGAUCGCUUAGGAUAUAUCGCUUUCAUUAUCAUAUUAUCGCACCGCAGUAUUUUACUUGACUUCUUUUCCUGCAAACAUGUCUGUUUGCGUUUGGAUGACUGCCAUAUAUUUUAAGAGCCACACUAACUUGGGACAUAAUAUUAUAUAAACUAGCUUUUAACAAAUUGUUAAAUAUGCAGCGCGCCCUAAGGGAAUAACGCAUUGAAGAAUUAUAAAGAAAGAUGUAUAACUAACAAGAGAGAGUUUUCCCCCUCCCCUUCCCUUUCUCUCAUACGAUCCCGUAUAUCACACGAUUCUAUAAAAUUGCAAAAGUAUUUAAAAAUCUUUUAGACUCGCGCAAAUGGUACAGUUUGUAUUAAGUGAGCGCUUACGGUAAAUUAUUAUAGCCGUAUUAUAUCACUGUUGCGAAUUACUUUUGUACCUCACUUGAUUCCGACUCGACAUUUGGCGGACUAUACAUUACUCCUUUCGUAAUUGUUAACUUUCUUUUUUAAUAUUUAUCACAUUUAUUUCGUUUUCCUUUGUUUUUUCAUAGACUAUAGUCUCUAUUUGAAAGUUUAAGAACCUCUCUUUGCUUCAGAAAAAUUUUUAGUUUAAUAAUAGUUUAAAUUUUGGAGGAACUGUAAUUGUUGUUUUUGAUAAUACGCGAGAAAAUGUUAAAUUUUAUUCACUUUUCAACUCGAUGCGACUCUAUUAAUCAAUCGAUCCGGUGUGUGUACUUUGUCUCCUCGAAACAUAAUCUGCGAUAUAGUCUCUUUAUGACGUCAAGUAUUUGGGAUGUUUAAGUUCGUCUAGAAAUUGUAUCGUCAAGUAAGCUUAAUUAUCAAGAGACUUGUAUAUACAGAGUUAUAUACACGCUCAUAUACACACACACACAUACACACACAUAUACAUGUCCGCGAAAAUGAUUCUAAUCAAAAUCGAUCACUCGCUUUUAUAAUUUCGUGCAUGUGCAUUUAGCGAAAAAACAUUAAAUAUCUGAGUCGCAUUGUUAAGUAAACACAACAUUUGGUAUGUCAUAGCUAUGUGUUUUAUAUAUAAAUAUAUAAAUAUAUAUAUAAAUAUAUAAAUACAGAACGAUAAAGAGCAUUAAGUUAUAAGAAAUAAAAAUUAUUAUAAUAGAUUAUAUAUAUAUAUAAAAUAAUUGUCGAAUUUUUGACAUAACGUGAUUUUUUUCGUUUUAAAACGACCUAAUAUAUAUGUUUCCAAUAAAUGUCUUGAGAUAUAUUAUCGGUGAUUAUCAAUGAGAUUAAAUAAAAAUUUCUUUAAGCAUUUACCUGGUCGCUUUAAUACGAAAAGAAUAUACAAUAUGCAUCAUUUAAUACUCGCUUAAAUUAAACUUUUGGUUGUAUAUUUCAGAUUGUUAUUCUCUCCGUUAGAACGUAUUUGCGGCACAGUAUUUUGCUCCAGCGAAAAAAAAA